AGUUGGAGCAUGAUGAGUCCUCUAAUGUUUGCGUUCUGCCUCACAUGUCUGUGCUUGGAGAAAACCGCUCAGACGACGGAGCUGAAAUCAACCACUUCUGUUCACCAAGAGAGUGGAUUCAUAUCAGCCGAUGUUGGUGAGGUGAUAACUUUGCAAUGCUUCUAUGAAGGGGAUCAGGCAACAAAGUUUUACUGGUACAAGCAAACUCUGGGAGAGAAACCAAGGCUCAUCUCUACUUACUACAAGUAUGAAACAAGUGUUCAACUGCAUGGUGAAUUCAAGAACAAUCCACGCUUCACACUGGACACUGAAAUAGGUCGGAAUCACUUGAAGAUCACAGAUUUACAUGUUUCAGACACAGCUACUUAUUACUGUGCAUUUAGCUAUUUAACUGUGUUUGAAUUUAUGGAGGGCAUUUCUCUCAGUGUCAAAGGUUCAAGCUUGAACUUACACUUUUUGGUCAAUCAAUCUGGAUCAGAGACCAUCCAGCCAGGAGGCUCUGUGACUCUGAGCUGUACCGUCCCCACUGGGAGCUGUGACGGAGAACACAGUGUGUACUGGUUCAAAGACUCUGAGGAGUCUCAACCAGGACUCAUUUACAUCCAUGGAGAUAAGAAUAAUCAGUGUGAGAGGAAACCUAAUGAACAAAGUUGUGAGUACGAGUUGCCCAUGAAGAGCCUGAAUCGCUCUCAUGCUGGGACGUUCUACUGCGCUGUCAUCUCAUGUGGACACAUUCUGUUUGGAAACGGGACCAGGCUCAACUUUGAAGAUGAUGAGGGCUCUCCUGUCUUGGUGUAUGUGUUGAGGGGAGCUUUGGCGCUCACCGUCAUGCUGGUUGUUUUCCUGACGUCAUCAACAUACAGCUGUACAGACAACGGGACAAACGGCUGCAAGCUGUUGAGCGCCUCCAUUCCCAAAACAGUGGUGAGUAUUUUUUAUUUCAGAAAUGCAGGAAACAGAUCAACAACACAGAGGGACGACACCUGGACUGAAUGUGUGUAUUACACUGUCAGGCUGUAAACUGUGUGUACUUCACUGUCAGGCUGUAAACUGUGUAUACUUCACUGUCAGGCUGUAA